ACUCUUGGGGCCACGCCUGCGAGGCGGCCAGGAGCAGCUAGGAGGUUAUUUUCUUCUGAGAAAGUCAUUCGUAAGGACUAUGCUCUCCCUAACCCCAGCUGGACUAAGGACCUCAGACUCCUUUUUGAUCAGUUCAUGAAGAAAUGUGAAGAUGGCUCCUGGAAACGCAUGCCUUCACACAGACAAAACCCUACUCGAGCUAUUCAAGAGUUCCAAACCCUUUUUGUUGCUUUCCUUGGAAAUGGCCAUUACAAUGAGUCAUUGGUCUGGUUCAAGGCCUCUGACUUCUGCUACACUAUCAAUAUUGGAUCCUCACUUCUCUUGGAUGUCCUGUUGUUGCCCUGUGUCAUGGAGAUCCUGCAGCUUUGGAUCUACAGGACUGGCCUCUUCACGUGCUCCAGCAGUUUAUCAAUGAGACUCGAAGUUUAAGAAAGAAGAACAAAUGUCAAAGGCCCAACAGUUCACCAGAAGUUUCGAGGAAGGGCUAGGCUUUGAGUAUGCGAUGUUCUAUAAUAAAGUUGAGAAGAGGACGGUCUCCUUGUUUCAAGGAGGACUUCACCUGCAAGGAGUACCUGGAUUUGUUCACGGAGGUGCCAUUGCAACCAUCAUUGAUGUCACUACUGGCACGUGUGCAAUUUCCGAAGGCGUUGCCAUGACUGCCAACCUCAACAUCACCUAUAAAAAGCCUAUCCCCCUUCUUUCUGUUGUUGUGGUAAAUAGCCAACUUCAAAAAAUUGAAGGAAGGAAACUUUUUGUUUCCUGUACUAUUCAAAGUAUUGAUGAGAAGACUUUAUACACAGAGGCAACGGCCUUAUUUAUAAAGCUGGAUCCUGAGAAACCUUUGACAUAAAAGAACUUCUGAUGAGUUCCACACUGUUCUGCAUGAGGCUCUCCCCCUCCAGAAGCAGCACCCAUCUCCACUCCUGUCACAGCUGCUGAAUCUCCCAGGGAAAGCCUGCUCUCACAGACCCUUCAGAACAGCCUCUGAAAUAUGGCUGCAGGAACUCACUCUCCACCUUCCAGAUUUUUUGUAAGAAGUACUUCCUGGGAGAGUCACAACAAUAAUCUGUAUCUCUCUAGGACAAAUGUGUAGUUCUAACACAUGAACAGACUUUAAAGCUAACAAGCAUAGGACCUGCUCUGCUGUGGACUGCAGAAGAAAAAGACAAAAAGAAAAAAAGACUGUAUUGAAACUUUGACUGCAAAUGUGGAAAUUCAAGAAAACCAAAGGCAGGGAUAAAUAUAUGAAGUGUUGUGAGUGAGGUGCGUGUGUGCGUAAGCCACACUGCGUGUUACAAAGCUAGGUUUGUUGUAUCUGAACAAACAUCUCUCUGGCUGUAUUAGGGAACACAGCUCACUUCUGUGGGAAUGGCCCCCACAUCUCAGUUGUCUGGGGCCCUUGAGAUUAAAAUACUGCUCUUUUUUCCUACCUGUGCAAUUGUAUCUUAAACAAUUUGUCAUCCCUGGAAGAAGGUUCUAUUAGCUUUCUGGGACUAUAAUGAAGAACUACAAGUUAGGUGGUUUAAGCAAACAAAAACAUCCCUGUCGCAGUCCCAGACACCAGAAGUCUAAAAGUAUUAACAAAAUGUUGCUUCUUAAAGUUGUGGGCAGGAACUCUCUCCUGGCUUCUACCAAGGAAGCGUCCAGCUUUCCCUGGUUUUCAGACACAGCAUAAUUUCUAAUUGUAAUUCUUUAUCGUCUGCUCUCUGUUGUAUCCAAAUUUCUCUUUGUGAAUGUUUAUUUAUUUGUCUGAGUGUGUGUGUGUGUUCAGGUGCUAAAAUAAAUUGGGAGAUUAAUGUUCUAGAAAGCA